CGCAGUAGCCUGAGUUUUGUUUGAAGUGAACUGCUGCCUGGAACUGCCCUACAAGCAGCAAAGUCGCCAAGCAUUUCAUUUUGCAUCUUAUUUUUACCUUUUGCAUUUAUUUUUUGAGGUGCUCUAUGUAUCGUCGGAGCCAUGUUAGGCCACCAAUUUCAAAAUGCCGACAAGUCGCAACAACUGGUCAACUAUGUGGAGGAUUAUCUGGAAUGUGUUGAGUCCCUGCCUUUGGACAUACAAAGAAAUGUUUCAUUGCUUCGUGAAAUUGAUGCAAAGUAUCAAGAGGUGCUGAAAGAGGUGGAUGAAGUAUUUGAGAAAUACAAAGAUGAGCAAGAUGUGGCACAGAGGAAGCGCCUGCAGAUCCAACUGCAGCGCGCCCUCAUUCUCAGCCAGGAGCUGGGUGAUGACAAGAUUCACGUAGUGACCCAGAUGACUGAGCUGGUAGAAAACCGCUCUCGCCAGAUGGACUCUCACUCCCUGUGUCUACAGGACCCUGGUAAUGAAGCGGAGAGGGUCCCCGUAGAGAGACGCUCCAGUGUCCAGGAGGCCCCGGCUCCUGAACGCAGCUCAGCCCGCCGCCCUCGCAGACAGAGGAACAGCGAGAGCCGGGACUCUAGCCACCCCUCCGCCAAUGGCUCUCUGGUAGACGACCCAGUGGAGGAGCUACCCAUCCCUCCUCCAAGAGAGAAGAAGUCCAAGUCUGCCAAGAAGAAGAAGCGCAAGGCCAAACAGGAGCGUGACACUUCCCCGGUAGACUUCGCCAUUGAUCCCAAUGAGCCCACCUACUGUCUGUGUGAGCAGGUAUCCUACGGCGAGAUGAUUGGCUGUGAUAAUGACCAGUGUCCCAUUGAAUGGUUUCACUUCUCAUGUGUUGGGCUAACAUACAAACCCAAAGGCAAGUGGUACUGCCCCAAAUGCAGAGGAGACAAUGAAAAGACCAUGGACAAAAGCUUGGACAAAAACAGAAAAGACCGUCGCUCCAGGUAGUACCACUCUUUGUAAACAUUUGGUUAACAACAGUUAACUUGUUGCAAGAGCACAAUCCGCUCCAUUACUAGCAGCGCUUAAUAAUAAAGGACACUCUGGGAAAACUGCAUAUCUUCAUCUGCAAGACUGAAGUCCCAUCUGCACAAUAAGCUGAUCUAACAAUCACCAAGCUGUUCAUUCAGUUUCUUUUUUCAGGACUUCAUUCAAACUUUCUUUAUCCAACUAUGAAUGAUUUUAAAUUCCUGAUUUAUAAUAAAUGUAAUUUCUUAUUUCCUUCAGUUUGCAAGCAUAUGAACUUAUUCUUUAUCACAGACCUCAGAAGAUCUCCAAUACUGAUGUCUGCCGCCUUUCUAUAAUGACUCAUAGACAAUAGCUCUAACACAUACAGUAUGUUUACAAUAAAUGGGAUAUUUAAUUCAGUUGAUUGACACUGGAAUAGAAUGUCAUGUCUGUGGACUUUGAUUUCAUUUGUAACUAUUGUGUAUAUUUCUUUUUAUAGUCAUUAAAAGUAUUAUUCAGUUGCA